AUGCUCGCCUUCUCGCACAGACUGAUGCACUGGGGCAGCGCUGCGGAUGCGAGAGCACCGGCCCCCAGGAUCUCGCUGGCCUUCGCAGCCGCGGACCCUGCCUUCGAGAAGGCGUACUUCCCGCACGCGUUCCUGCCGAUGCCCUCGCUGGACCUGCGCGUUGCACUGCUCGCGGGGCAGGUGCUGAAGAACUCCAGCAAUGAGCACGUUCUGACAACCCGCACUCGGGUGUCACUCUUCUACCGGCUGUUUGGCACGAUGGCAGAGGUAUUCGACCGAGAUUAUUGCAAUGAGAAGAGACAAGUGAAUCAAAUGUUUCAUUUGAAACUUCCUCGAAUGUCAACGACUGUUAACGUGCCGCUGGAAGUCAAAGAGGAGUCCGCCGAGGAAGGUUUGACUGCAUUGCUUGAUGGCCUUUGA